AUGGCUUCACCUAAAUCACAGGACAGGUGGCAAACAAAAACAGCUUCGGUCUUGGAAAGUAAACACAUGUUCAAAAAUCCUCUUCUUAGUGACAUCAAAUUUGCCUUCUCGAGCGUCAAUAGCGAAGCAACGAUUUCAACGAUUCCUGCUCAUAAGUAUGUGCUCGCCGUUAGCAGCCCAGUCUUUUUUACAAUGUUUUACGGCGAUCUGGCUGAAAGCGGCGAUAGUGUAAACAUCACUGACUGUGAUCCAGACGUUUUUCUUCGCUUCCUGCGUUUCAUCUAUUGCGAUGAAGCAAGUUUCGAAGACAUCGACUGCGCCAUUAAAGUAUGGCGUCUUGCUGAUAUGUACGACGUUCCCUCGCUUGCAAGAGAGUGCGUCAAGUAUUUAGACGGAAACAUGGAGCCACUGGACGCCUUUGAUGUGCUAACUUAUGCUCGCCAAUUCAACGAUGAAGAAAUAGAAAAGGCUUGCUGGGAGGUCAUCGAUUAUAACGCGGAAGUGAUCGUUGCUGAUGAGUCGUUUCUGGAUGUCAAACAGGAGCUCUUACUCUCGUUUGUCGAACGAUCAUCUGCACGUAUCCAGGAGACAACUUUAUUUCAGGCCUUGGAUGGCUGGAAACGGAGCUUCAUGGGUGAAGAUCUCUUACAGCAAUUUCGAUUUUCUUUGAUGUCGCCAAGUGAGUUUUCAUAUGUGGUUAUGCCCACAGAAAUUUUGCUUUUAACUGAAGUUGUUGAUGUUUUUAAACAGUUUACGUCUGUUGUCAUCCCUGGAGGAUUCAAGUUCUCGUUGUCUCCAAGGAGAACAGCGGACGAACCUCUUUCUUCCUUUAACACAGGCGAAGUUCAGGUUCCUGAUCAGGAGGCCAGUGUGUCAAUGUCUGAUGUGUCUGAUAAGACAGGACUGUUCACAUUUGCAGUAAAUAGGGACAUAACCUUGAGAGGUGUAGUGAUUGUUACUGGUAAAGAUCAAGAAUCAUGUCAAGUCUGUCUAUCAAUCACUGAAAGGGGCAAAAAGAUAAAGCAAAUUAAAAGUAAGACUUUUAUGCAAAAAGAGACCCUCGACUCAGACAGCCAUGGAGAAGUUAAUGUCGUCUUCAACAGGCCUGUGAAUUUGUUGAAAAAUACUUGUUACACUAUUGAAACUGAAACAGAAACCACAAACAAUCGUUAUUGUGGCUUUGUACGGUCGGCAAAGACAACAACAGCAUCAAGGGCAGCAACAGCCCCAUCGAGGGGGUUUUCGUUCGGGGCCCCUGCCAUCAGCAGAUUCUACUUAAUGCAAAAUGUAUCCCUUCAGCCCAAGAAUUCCUCCUCAUCGCAGAAAAUUGAUCAAGAAAAUGUAGUAUCUUGCUAUUCUUUCGGAAAAUGCCACCAAAAAUGCCCAGACCAUUCUGAGUACAGCGGAGAGAUAAUGCAACUGUUGUUUAAAGGAUAG